AAAAAAAACUAGUUCCACCAUUACUCUUCAUCUUUGGACACGAAAAAAUUCAGGUUUCAGCGGUACAUUGAUGGAGGUGGGGCAUUGCUUCUUAGAUGGGAGCGCAGAUGCUGUGGAGUUUUGUGGCCAUGAGUCGUACCACAACGUGCUUGCAGCCUCUACUUACGUGCUUCAAGAGGGUGAUCAGCCCACUCGAUCAGGGAGCAUAACGCUCUUCGAUGUAGAUGCUGAGGCAGGCCGUUUUGAGUUGAUUCAGAAAGUUGAAACAGCUGGGAUUUUCGAUAUCAAAUGGAGCCCAGGGCCCCUGCCUUUGCUUGCGCAAGCCGAUGCUGAUGCUUGUGUAAAGCUCUAUAGCCUGCCUUGCUCUGGGUCAGAAACUGCUGAAAUAGGCAGUAGUUGCUUAACUGAAGUUCAGGGUAAAUGCAUCAGCUCCUCCAUGUGCUUGUGCAUAGAUUGGAAUUCGCAUGCCACAUCCAUGGCAGUCGGCCUCUCUGAUGGAUCAGUUUCCAUAGUCUCAUUAGAUGAGUCGCAGCUCAACAUUCUGCAAGAAUGGAAAGCACAUGACUUUGAGCUUUGGGCUGCCUCGUUUGACAUCCAGCAGCCGAUGCUAAUAUACACAGGUUCGGAUGACUGUAAGUUCAGCUGCUGGGACCUACGCGAGGACCCUUCUCAGUUGGUUUUCCAGAACACAAAAGCUCACAAAAUGGGAGUGUGCUGCAUAGCAAAGAGCCCUCACGACCCCAACGUUCUGCUCACUGGUAGCUACGACGAGCACCUGAGAAUAUGGGACACCAGAUUAACUUCACGACCGGUGAGUGAAUCUUCGAUAUGUCUAGGUGGAGGAGUUUGGAGGGUGAAGCACCACCCACAUAUACCAGGGCUGGUGUUAACAGCUUGUAUGCACAACGGUUUUGCACUCGUUAAAUUUCGAGCGGAUCAAGUCGAGGUGAUUGAGACAUAUACGAAGCAUGACUCACUUGCAUAUGGAGCUGACUGGCAAAGAGGAAAUGCAUUUGUGUCUGGAAAGAAGAAGAGGUCUGCAAUUGCUACAUGCUCGUUUUAUGAUCGACUGCUUCGUGUCUGGACACCACAAAGCGAUGAUGUAUUUAUAUGAUUUUAAGGUCUUUUUUACCUGAUAAUGCAAACUUAUAUUUCUGUAACUUGUAUACUAUACCAAUAACAUUUCUUAGUACCUCUUUGGAAAUUUGUCUCAA